GAUACGUAAGAAGUAGAGAUGCGCAAUUUGAAAAAAACGUUUAUUUUCAGACUACCAUGGACGGUUUUGAAUGCUUUGACGAUGAUAAUGUUCAAGAGGAUGAUAUCCAGUAUUUUUUCUAUGGAUGUUAUAUCUUGUUAUCACUCAAUCCAAAGUUUCGGGGUAAAACCUACAUCGGUUUCACAGUUAAUCCUAAGAGACGAAUAAGACAACAUAAUUCUGGUUGUUUAAAAGGCGGAGCAAAGUCAACAAGCGGAAAGGGACCUUGGUUAGUAGUGUCAGUUUGGUUUAAAGCCUUUCAGGGAAAUGGUUUUAAUUGUUCAUGGAUUCCCGAAUGCAAUAUCUGCUUUAAGGUUCGAAUGGGCUUGGCAGAAUCCAAAGUUAUCACGUCGAUUAAAAUACUCGCUUCCAGUUAAAAAGCCAAGGGAAACUAGUUUUGACUACCGUUUGCGAGUUCUUGCAUUAAUGCUGUGCAGCGGACCUUGGAAUCGUUUGGGCUUGACUAUUCAGUGGAUAAAACAGUCUUAUGCACGAAACUUGUCAGAAAAUUUGGUACCCCCUUUACAUAUGCCAAUAGCUUUCGGACCUGUAGAAGCAAACUGUAUGGACAAACCCAGUACUACCAAUAAAGUCUCUGGACUAUGCCAUUUAUGUGGUGUUCCGUUUUCAGUUGAUUCUUCUUUGCCACUUAUCUGUCCUGCGUCUUGCCCACUGGGUCAAUGGCACUUGUUGUGUCUAGCGAAUUAUAUGACUCGAACCAACGAUUCGCCUUCGUCUCAUUCUAAUCAGUCACAUAUUUCAUACUUAAUACCUCUAUCUGCCCCAUGCCCUGCUUGUUACGAAGCAGAACUCCUCUGGCCUUCACUUAUUAAGUCAUGGAGAUCAAGAACUAACACUUCUAAGGAUACAAAUGUUUCCAAUAGCUUAGAAACACAUCUUUAAUACCUUGUAUGACAUUAACUUAUGUAUUAAUUGCUCAGAUUCACGUGAAACUGUAUGUAAAAAUCUUUCAUCUGCUGUUUUCUUUUGAUAACAGACUUUUUUCACUGAUAUUAAUUUUUCUACACUGACUGUUAAAUAUUUAUUCCAUAAUUUUAUUUUAAUUAUAGUACUCCAUCUAGAGGUGUAUUUGCAGUGUUGUUUGUGAUUUUGGCUUGAGUCACUCCUUCGUUCUCUUGUGUUGUGUCUGUGAUAUCCCUCGAUUUGUAUGUGUAUUUAUAUUUCCCAGCUGGUUAAUGGGCUUCUCUCAGUCCUUAAAAGCACUGUUGUCUUUAAACAAUGCAAUAAGAAUAACUUCUGG